UCCCCCAAGGGACGUGAAGGGUACAGAAAUCAACGAAAAAAGUAUCACUAUAAGCUGGAAGAGACCAUCAAAUGGGCAUUAUACGGGUUAUGACUUAAAUUACGUCGUAGAUCCAAACGUGACAUCUAUAUCAGUUGGACGUAGUGCAACGUCCAUAACAUUGAGUAACCUUGGACCAGCUACGAAUAUAACUUUCAGAGUCAGAACAUAUGUUAACUUUACUGACAUACCAUUGGUACGAUAUAGCAGAACCAUCACUAUAACCCAACUGACAAAACCAUUGCCGCCUUUGGCUGGGAGUGUGGUGGCUAAUGCUAUUAAUAGCACAUCAAUCAAGUUAGAUUGGAAAGAACCAGAGAGAAAACCAAAGGGAGGCUACGAUGGAUAUCGUAUUAAUAUUUCACCACCUGACGAGAAUAAUGAAAAUAAUACCUUUCUCGAUCAAAAACUCUUCUCCUUCACAAUUACGAAUUUGUACCCAGGAAGGCUAUACAGUUUAAGUGUGCGAUCUGUCAAGGCAACCCAGGAGAGCCGAGGCGCCUUUGCAAAUGGAGGAGCAGGUCAACUGACAAAACCUAGUCCUCCAGGUGAA